AUGGAUAUUGGUUUACUUUUAAACUCUGGAAAUUCAAAUUCCGCUUCCAGUACCAGUUCAUCAGCUGUCAAUACUCAGAGUUCAUUUGAUUUGGAUCAUUCUCUAAAGUCUGCAGAGUCACAUUCAUCCUCUUCAUCAUCGUCCUCCAACAAUAACAACAAUAACAACAAUAAUAAUAAUAACAUUCAUAAUCACACUGCAUCACAAGCCAAUUCCGGUCUAAUGGCAUCAUCUUCUACCUCCAAUACCAAUUCCCCAAGUGGUCUACCACCUAUCCAUUUCAGUCCACAACUCCCCAACGGAGGUUCUGCAUAUCAACAUCAACAACAACAACUUCUUCUUUUCCAAUUGCAACAACAACAACAACAACAACAACAACAACAACAACAACAACAACAACAAAUGUUAAACAAAAUUCAAUCUUCUCCAUCACCAUCACAACCUUCAUAUAAACAACAACAACAACAACAACAAUCAAAUCAAACAACAACAAGUUAUUUUGUACCAAAUGGAUAUCCUUCACCAUCGCAUGCCAGUCGUUCUCCACCAACUCAGGAAACAUCGUAUCUAGCCAAGAGAGAGGGUUGUGAGUCACCUGUGCAAUCGAACUUAUCGCCAUCGAUCAACUCUUCAAAGCAAUUCAUAUUCUCACAAUAUCAACCAUCUCCCAAUGUAUCUGCCAACACCACUCCUAAACUCGCAAACUCUAACAAUCCAAAUCCAAAUCUCAGUAUCAAUAACAACGCAAUGUCCACCUCGAACAAUUCUAUUCCCUUAAACAACACAAAGAUCACUGUAAUCCCACCACUUCAAUUGUCACAACCGUCACUGACAUCGUCUGCUUCCGUUUCACUACCACAUUCACCACCCAACUCUGGCAAGGUGUCACCACAACUUACCAACUCGUCCAACUCACUGCCAAACACUGGCAGAAGCUUAAACACCAGUGGAUCGUCCAACCUCAGACUCUCAACCAACAGCACACACGACUUGUCAUCUCCUCCACUCAGUCCAAACGAACACAACAACAGCGGCAAAGAGUUCCACACCGGUUCUAGAUCGCCAUCGUCGGGCGGUGAAAAAGAAAAGAAGCGUCGUACCCGUUUAAAGAAAGAGCAAUCGUCCACUCUAAAAUCGUUCUUUGAAAAAGACAACUAUCCCAACAAAGAGGAAAAGGAGAAGCUUGCUUCCAUGCUCGGAAUGAACUACACUGCCGUCACCACAUGGUUCUCCAACAAGCGCCAAGAGAAGCGUAGAAAGGUAGCCGACGGAACCGGUGGAAGACGCGUCCUAGUCGAAGAUCGUAACGGUAACUCAAUGAUAAAGUCAGAGUCUGAUAAUCUUCAUAUCGACGAUGACGAAGAUGAUGAAGAACAACAUAAUCAUCAUCAACAUCAACAACAACCAUCAUCGCGACACGGUAGUCAUACACCAACUUCCUCAUCGUCACAUACCAGUCUAACGCCAAUUAUCUCUGGUAUUGCAAUCAACCAUCAUCGUCCGGCGAUGGAAUCAAUAUUGUUGAGUCAAUCAUCACCAUUGCUCUCCCCACACAGCGCCAGUAGCACACCACCCGUAAGUGGACGCCAACCCUACCACAGUAACAACGAAGCAUCAGCCAUCAAUAGCCUUUCAAUACUCUCUCAAGUUGCCAAGGGUGACAUUGAUGGACUGAAUAACAGACCAACCUCUCCAUUCUCAUUGAACUCGCCACUCUCCAACCUUGCCAAUCAUCAUUCCUCACCUAUUUCAUCGCCACGCUCACCACUUUCAACUCAUUCCUAUUCUGCCAACAACAACAACAACAACAAAUCAAAUAACAUGAUUAGCAACAAUAAUAACAACAUCAAUAACAAUAAUAUGAUAUCAGAUUCAGAUGAUGAUUACUUUGAUUCAGAUGAAAUGAUUGAAUAUCUUUCCGGUGAAUCCGAUUUUGAAGAUAAUGAAUUCGAAGAUUCGAAAAAGAGAAGUGGUGGUAUCAACAAGUCAUCACUGCUGGAAGUUGCAUCGAGAAAGCACCGUCAACAUUCUAAGAAGUCAUCUUCAUCCAGAGGACACCACUCCAGAAGCAACAGUAAUAGCAAUGGUAGCGGUAGUCACAACCUAAACAGUCCGAAUCUUGCAUCAAAAAGAAAGGCAGACCUCUCGGACAUCACAGACAAUGCAAUCGAAAGUUUAUUAUCAGUAACAACAUCACCAACAUCCUCCUCCUCAUCAAACUACUCUUCUUCCUCCUCUUCUUCUUCCAUCAACAACUUUGUAUUACAACAAGCUGCGGCAACACUAAGUUCUGGUAUGAUGUCAGAAUCUGAAUUCUUGUCAAACGAAGUCAACAAACUAAAAAAGAAAUUCCAAUAA